CUCGCGAGAGUUUCUCUGCCGCCAUCUUGGUGCGGGGGAAGCCCGGCGGUCACCGGGGCGAAGGGCAGCCGGUCGGUCGCGCCGUUACCGGCUCUGUCCCGUUCGAUAUGUUAUCCCGCCUCGUUCUCCGCGCUGCCCCGGCCGCGCUGAGGAGCUUGGCGCCUCCCGCUACCGUGGGUGUAUUGCAUGUCACACGACCGCUGCACACGACUCAGCAGCGUUCAGCUCCUUUGCCACCUCUGCCUGAGAAGGGAGGAGAAGUUCGGCAUGGUUUGAUCCCUGAGGAGUUUUUCCAGUUUCUCUAUCCUAAAACAGGAGUUACAGGGCCUUACAUGUUGGGAACUGGACUCCUGCUUUAUCUUCUCUCUAAGGAAAUCUAUGUAAUUAACCAUGAGACGGUUGCAGCUGCUUGCAUAUUAACAGUCAUCAUUUAUGGUGUAAAAAAGUACGGGGCUGACGUAGCAGCUUUUGCUGACAAACUUAACGAGGAGAAAAUGGCUCAAGCUUUAGCUGUGAAAAAUGAGGCUAUUAAAGGUCUUGAGACUGCCAUCGAGGAGGAGAAGAAGGAGCAGUGGAGGGUUGAAGGCCGCAAGUAUCUCUUUGACGCUAAGCGGAACAAUAUUGCUAUGUUGCUGGAAACAAAUUAUCGGGAGAGAUUGCUGACGGUGUACAAUGAAGUGAAGAAAAGGCUGGACUAUCAGGUGGCCAUGCAGAAUUUAAAGCGUCAGAAAGAACAAGACCACAUGAUUCAGUGGGUGGAGAAAAAUGUCGUUCAGAGCAUCACACCUCAACAGCAGAAGGACAGUAUUGCAAAGUGCAUUUUGGACCUGAAGGCGUUGUCAAAGAGGGCGCAGGCAGCGGUGUGACCGUGUCUCAUUCUACCAAUGUGUCUCUUUACCUGCUGUUGGAAAGUGUAUGAUUCUAAAGUGUCAUUAAACAAACAAACAAACUGA